AUGCCUCUCUCUUCUCAACAGGUGCUGGACAUUAUAUGCGACGAGGAAGAGUAUGUCAGAUGUACAAGCCCCAGCUCUAUUCCCAAUGGGACAGAGCUUAAAUUCUUUAAAAUUCCCAGAUUCUCGUUUACUGCGUUUCGCUUAUCACAUACAUCGCCGAUAGAGCUUUCCUUGUGCUCAAAAGUUGUGUUGUUGGGUGGGGUCCCAGGGCAAUGGUUUCGGGAAAGGUCGAAUAGACUAUGGAAUGCUACUUCUUACAUAAGUAGUAGAAGAAUGCAAAAAGAUGCGAAUCAUAUACUCAAUCAUGGAUAUCGUAAUUUUUACAGGAAAGGUAAGGAAGAGCUUCGACGAGCGGUUUCUGGAGAUACCGAUUUGAGCGAAAAGGAUAGGUUAAAGUCUGGACCACCGUCGGUUCCGCCUUCUGCAGGGUUAAGCAAGGAAAAAUCACGUACUUUAGCAGUAGUACCGACGGUGGAUACUGUUGAGGAUAACAAGAAGUCUCCGUUUCGUGCGAUGAGGCAUAGGAAAACUGUCGCAGUACUGCCACCUGAAGAUAGUGGUCAUGAUCAUUGGUCAUCUUCAGAAGAUGAGUAUUGUAAAAGAGCUUCGUCAGUAAUCUCAGCAAACGAGCAAGAUCUCUUACACGCUACAAACAAAGAAUUAGAAACUCCACGAAGAUCUUACUCAGAUGGUGAAUCAGAGACUCGCUUUACCACUUGCCGAACACCGAACCAUGAUUUUGAGAUAAAGGAAGUAGAGAAUGCAGAAACCCGAAGCUCUAUACAGUUAGAAGCUACACGUUCGGAUACGAAUCCGGGUGGUUCAGUGUUUGAUAAGACGUCGACUACGGAUGCUACACCGACAUCAUUUGUUGAGUCGUAUGCUUUGUCCACUUCAGAGACCAAGAAGGGACAGAAUACCGGAGCUGGAGCUAGAAUACGUUUUGCAGAUGUGGACCAGCUGAAGUCGCCUCAAGUACUGCGAAGAGCCGAACAGCGAAGAAUUGUUCGAUUGAAGCAAACUCGUAAUUCGAAAGAUGCAGUGCCUUUGCAAGUUAUGGCUGCCCAGCCUUACGAGGUUGAUAAUCCGGAUAAACCGAAUUACAAAAGACAUUUCAAGACUGAACGUUUAGCAGCCAAGAGAAUAGGCCAUGUUGGUACGAAAGCUCAAGUUAAGGUUAAAAGAGGAGCACUAGACAUUUUCAGGGGCGAUUCCUUAUCGAUUGGCCGUUUGUUUAGGAAUUUGAAAUGUGGCAACAUUGUCAGAAUGGAAAAGAUGUUGGUAAUGGUGAAAACAGCAGUCAAUCAAAAGGAUCCUGUGAUGUGUUUUUCACAGGAUGAACCGUUUGAUACAAGAGUAUCUGAAAGAUGGAAAGAAUAUAUCGUGGUUGCCAGAUCGACGGGUAGAAAUGAUUCAUCUUUACUGCUUCAAUUUUAUCACCAUCGAAGAGUACCGAAGCGGAGAAGUAAGCAAAAGUCCAUUGCAUACGGAUCUUCGUUGGAUUUUGGGUUGGAUCAUGUGUGCCAAGUAGGUAUAUACAGCACAUUGGACAAAACUAUCUAUAUUCAAAAACCGGACGAAAACUAUUCUCACUAUCAGAAUGAAGGACAUGUGAAGUGCGAUGAUUUUGAUCCUUUAAAGAUUUAUAUCCUUAAAUGUGGCACCUUACUAUCGUCAGGCAAAUGGUAUAGGUUGCUUCGAAAGGCCACUAAUAGUUCACAGGUUUGCGAAAAUGUCAAAUUAGAGGUUCCUGGAGCUGACAUAUCUCUUGAUAUGAGGUUUGGGGGGGAUUUGAUCAAGAACCUAGUAGAUAUUGAAGCUACUGAGAAAGAUUGGCUAAAAGUUAGCAGUCUAAACAGAGGUUAUAGAGUUUUGCAGCAUCCAUUGAUGAGAUACAUUACUAUCGCUACCUUUGAGGAACUGAAAAAGGCAGGAUUUCUUGACCUUAUUGAGAAUUGGGAAAGUGCAAACGUUGUUCUAGGUUGUGCUUACAGGCAUUAUGAUAUGCUGCGAUGGUGCUCAAGCAAUAGGAGUGAUACGCUAAUGGAGACCUUCUGUCUAUUUCCGUCGCAUCUCUUGGAAUACAGGCCUUACGUCCCAUCUCCCAAAAACAUCCGCGCUGAUGAUGGUUCCUCGCUGACUGAACCAGUUCCUUUGGAAGGAUUUUUGAUAAGGCUCACCAACAAAUAUGGUCUCGAGAGAAACAGGCUACGUGCAUUCUGUUUCAAACCGUCCUAUUUUUUCACCAGUGAAAAUUUCCUAUUCUUCAUGUCCUCCUACAAAUCGACACCUCCUCUACCUCUGGAGCUUACAGAGUUAAACAUGAAGGAACUCGUUCAGAAAAAAGAAAUGCUCGAUUCCUUACCUCAAGUUUAUGAACAAGAUCCGUACCCUAUCGAUCUGGAUAGUCAUAUCAGUUGGUUAAAGGAUGAAAUUUCACAAAAGGAAUUUAAGCCACUCGACUUGUAUGCUUUCAACAGCUUUAAUAGAAGAGUUUUACAAACUCUCAGAGCGGAGGGGCUGAUUGACCUCAGAAAUAUAGCAAAAAUUUAUCAAGGCUCAUCAGAUGAUUACAAGGGCUCUGAAGUGAAAUACACAUUUCUUCAUUUGGGAAGACGCACAUUUUGGCGCACCGAGAGUGGUAAUCUUCAAGAAACAAGUGCAUCUAUACUAUAUCUUGUGACUACAAACAAUUUAGUUCUGAAACUUAUGGCACCAAAUCCCGAGAUCUGCCAUCAAUGGAAGACAAGACUAGAGGCACAUACGAGAUACUGGCAGUUAAAAGAGGCGAAAGACACCGAAAAGAUUUGGCGCCUCAAGAUGCAGAAUUUACAGCGACUGAAUCUCACCGAAGUAGAGGAAUCGAACAUAAGUGAGGCAACACCACGUUGGAUAACGAAUCGUGGAAUGACGGACGCAACCAUUUACAAUGUAAACACAUUAUGUGAACUGCGGCCUUUGCUUCACAAGGGAAUACUAUAUCAAAAGCCGAAGAAGCAUGCCACUUUCUCGAAAUAUGUGGUCGUACUUAUUCCUGGUUUCUUAUUAUUGUACGAUUUCUUUCACAGAUCUACUACUGGUUUUGCCAAAGAAGUCAUUGACCAUAGGCAUUAUUUGACAAUAUCGAUUUCCGAUUGUUACAUCUAUUCGGGCUCUACAACGAAGCUUGAUCUGUUAACUCGUAGCGGUAAAGUGGAAGAGCUCAACGCUCAAAGUAGAACCCUUCCUCGCGCGUACAGCGAUGGCUGGACAUCCUCCGAAGACGAGUCUAUGAGAUGCUUCACCUUGUGGUUUGGCAAGAAGAGAGCUAUGUUCAAUCGGACGGAAAAAGCCAAUGUAAAGACACCAAAUGAGCCACGUAUCAUAGAUGAGAAGGAAAAUCUAGAAAAGAACCCCAAUCCUUUCCAAACGGUCAGUAGACUUGGAGUUAGCGGCAAGGCGAUGGUAUUCAUGGCCAGAUCUCGGCAGGAAAAGAACCUAUGGGUCCUGUCAAUACUUUAUGAGUUGGAAAGACUAAGACGACAUGAUGAAGGUCUUAAGUAA